AAUCUGCGCUCACACACGCACACUGUCGGAGAACACUAUUGAGAAAGAGCGGGGGAACGAUGCGCUACGCACCCAAGAGAUUCCGCUAAGCGUACUGUAACACAGGUGAAACAAUGCAGUCAUUGCCACAACUGUGUGCUCCAGGCCUGUCUUUUGUUUUGUCACACUCCUUCCUCUUCCUGUUCCUAUCUUUGAACACUGGGGUUCAGGGGGCAACACUGAGGGAGCCCCACCUGUGGGGCAAUGAACUUGACACUUUCCGCCCCAGCUCUCAAGCCCCACCACCACCAAAUGCUGCAAUGCUACAAGCCUUGCAGUACAUCCAGAGCCUUAAUCAGCGAACACCUCAUGACCCUGUCACCAACAAUGAUCUGAAUGAUGUACGCACCAUGCUACAGCUAGCCAUACCUGCAAAGACAUCAACAGGAAUGCACAAUGGCAGAGGAGAGGAAGAGGAGAGGGAUGGAUUGGAGGAAAAAGAGGAAGAUAAAGGUCAACAGUGGAUCCAGGCAGUUCUCAGUACCCUACCACAGACUAAUGACCAAAGGACCUCUCUGAAAACACCCUACAGAGCUACCAGCAAUUUUUUAACACCCACUGAUCCACUUUUUCCACUCUCACCUGCUUUUGAAUCAAAACAACAGCAAGACAGGCAGAGUGAUGUAAUGAAUUAUGGGAGGAGCCUGUGGGCCAAUCAAGGCAUCCGCAGACGCCACAGAAAGUUUCCACUGAUGUUCAAGGAUGAGCAAGGCCAGGAUCAGCCCCUUAAAUGGAGCAACGAGAAUGCAGAAGAACAGUACACACCUCAAAAACUGGCCACCCUCCAAUCAGUGUUUGAGGAGCUCAGUCGAAUCGUAAACUCUAAAGCUGACAGCAAACAGCAGGAUAGUGAGGAUGGUGAAGGUGACAACAGUAAUGAAGAUGAUGAUGAGUACAGGGAGAAAAAAAUGGUGUUUGAGGAUGUAGCAGGGGAAGAGGAAGAAUUGAUGCCAAUAGAGCAAAAAACAGAACAAGAGAAAGAAGAAGCACAGAGACACGAGUUUAAUGGUGGAUUUGGUAAUGAAGUUGAAGAAGAGCAGGAUAAGGAGGGCAGUGAUGCGGAAGGAGAUGAUGAGGACAAAAGAUCAAACCAACCAGACUUGAUUGAGAUGGAAAAAGUGAAGGACCCAGAUGACAUUAACAGGUUGGUGAACUACUACUUGAUGAAAGUUCUAGAAAACACAGGGCCAGAGAAGCAGAGGAGAGAUCAAGAAAAGGAGAAAGAACAAGUAGAGGUGGAGGAAGAGAGUGACAGAGAGGAGGAUAAAGGGGAACAAGAAGAGGAGGAAGAUGAAAAGAGAGAUAAGAAUAGGGCAGCUCAGCUGCAAUACAGCGUAGAUCCCCAGUCUGUGUAUCAGCUUAUUCAGAUCUCCAAAAAACGUCAGGUUCCAUCAGAAGACAUUCUAGACUUGUUAGAAGAUGAAGAGACUAAGAAACCUGACAAGUCCUGGCAACACACACAAGCACAGUCAAAGACACCCUCAGUCAGUUACACUAGCUCAUACAACACAUACAAAAAUCCAGCCACUACAAUCUACCAACAGCCACUCAAAACACCAGAGAAAACCAGAGUUACUCAAAACAUCCUAAGGAUCCUUGGACUGGCAAAUGCAGCACAGCCUAACAACAAAUCCCUCCUGAGGCCAAAUCAGUACAAGUCCGCACUAAAUUAUUAUAUGGCAAAGAGAGAGCUUCCCGAUUACACAUUCUCUGAGAGCAGCAGAGAUCAGCAUGAGGCUGACUAUGAUGACAUGGUGGGUGAAGAUGAGCUUGCCAGUUACCUUGCAGCAGAGAUGCUUGCAGAAAGACAGAGGCGUGCUCCACUGGUCCUCGAGCACACUGUCCAGGAUUACUUUGUACAAGAUGGGAAAAGUAUGCCAGAAGAAACACAUGCAGAACAUGAAGAAACUGCUGAGAAUUCUGAUGAGGAGACACUGCUGAGAAUUAUGGACUACCUGAAUCCAGAGAGUGAAGACACAGAUAAAAUGCACAUUAACGGGAAAAAAGGACCAGGAAUGUAGAUCUUUACACUUAUACUAUAUUGUUUAAAACUGACUAUAAUUAAGUAUAAUAAAGUAUUUUGACAAAAGGAGAACAUGCAAUCAAGUUUAGUCAAUGUAAUGUUUUAGUUUUUUUUCUCAGAUGAUGUUUUAGCAGGGCCACUAGCAUCAUAAUCUUGGUAGCCUAUGUGUUUCAGAGUCAGUUUAUUGUUAUCCUUACAAUACUGUAUUGGUUUAAACACUUUAAAAAGUCAAAGCCUCUGUCAAUGUUUUAAACCUUCCCAUUCACACUCACUUUCUCAGUAAAAUAUUGUCUACCUGUUGUUUCCAUUAGUCACAUCUGAAGCAUUUGGCAAUGUGUGAAGUGAUAGAAGUAAAUAAAGGCUUUGCUUGCAUCUUGUUCAUUUUAA